CCAGUGUGUGUGCCGCGGUAAUCCUAUAAAGGAGCCAGUAUAUCUGUCUUUUCAUCGAUUCACGAGAUAUGAUUUGCCGUCCUUGUAAAUGACUCCAUAUGAAUCUGGAACCUGCGACCUGCGGAACAAUGGAUAACUUUAUGGAGUUACUUAUGACUUGCAACGAAACAGUCUCAAGAGAGGACGUCCGAACCUGUCCAAGCUCGCCAGAUGUAACGAUGAAGUACUUGACUCACCAAAAACAUCUCCACCGGUUAUAUGUGGUGUGAAAUUCUGAUCGUUACUCCUGAUAUGGCUAUGGCUACGAAGUAGCUCAAAAAGCGUCAGAGAAGUGUGAGCUGAUGCUUUAC